AUGCGUGUCCAGAGCAUCGUCGUUGCCGUAGCCUUUCUGGCCUUGGGGGUCAAUGCUCUCCCAACUAGCCCAGCUUCUGCAAAGGUCGCUCGUCGUGGUGACGAGGAGUGGACCAAGGUUUUGGCCGAGGAGAAGCGCGCCCCCAGUGACGAAGAAUGGACCAAGGUUCUCGAGGAAGCAAAGCGUUCUGACGAGGAAUGGACAAAGGUCCUUGCGGAAGAGAAACGCUCCCCUAGUGAUGAGGAGUGGACCAAGAUUCUUGCUGAAGUGAAGCGUUCUGAUGAGGAAUGGACCAAAGUUCUGGCUGAGGAGAAGCGCUCCCCGAGCGAUGAGGAAUGGACCAAGGUCCUUGCAGAGGCCGCGAAGGUCUAA